GGUUGAGCGACGUACCAUGUAGAAACUCUACAGCCCAGUCGAUCUGGUUCUAUCUGAUCAUCCCCACACACACUCUCUCUUUCUUUAGUAUUCCACUCCUACUAUACUAUAAUGUCAAUGCAAACAGAACUGACUACUCUCUAUAAGACACACCAACGAAGAAGUGAACUUCAAGUCUUCUAUCUUCCUAACCCAAACAACUUUUUCUUUAUUCUUAUCUCUCUCUCUCUCCCCUUUUCUCUAAUCUUAUCUCUUUUCUUCUUCUUUAACAAUGUCUUCUGGUUUCUAUCUUCAACGACCUUGAAAAACCAUCAUUAUUCCCAAGUCCAUGGAGUUCGACCUUGAAAACCCUCUUACAGAUUUGGAAGACCUAACCUCUGACUCUGUCGCUUCUCUGUUUCUCACCGAGUCUGAUCACAUGCCUUCUCACAGUUACUUCUCCAGUCUUCAGGCUGGAGAUAUGGACAUACUUGUUAGACGAGAAGCCAUUGCUUCAAUCGCACAGUUCUCCUGUAACUUCGAUCCUCUCUUAUCAUACCUCGCAGUUAAUUAUCUUGAUCGGUUCUUAUCCUGCCAUUUAAUGCUGCAACCGAAGCAAUGGGUUAUAAAGCUUCUUGCAAUCUCUUGUGUUUCUUUAGCUGCCAAGAUGAAGAAAACUGAUAUUUCAAUCUCCGAUUUUCAGGGUGAUGCUGGUAUAAUUUUUGACACCAGAACAAUAGGAAGAAUGGAAACCCUUAUUUUGGGAGCUCUCAAAUGGAGGAUGCGUUCGGUCACUCCCUUUUCUUUUAUUUCCCAUUUCAUAUCUCUUUUCAAACUCCAAGACCCACCACUAACCCAAGCUCUCAAGGCUAGAGCUGUCCAUAUUAUCUUCAAAGCUCAAAAAGAUAUUAACUUCUUGGUUUACAACCCAUCAAUAGUCUCUGCAUCGGCUCUACUCUCUGCCUCCCACGAGCUUUUCCCUCUGCAAUUUCCAUGCUUUCGAAAUGCACUUUCCAACUGUUCAUACUUAAACAAAGACAACUUGCUCCACUGUUACAAUGCUUUACAAGCCGUGGUGUUAGAGGAGUACGAGUCAGUGUCCGAGGCAGUUUCAAGCACGGUCACGCCGGUCAACGUGCUUGACCAGAUUUUUUCAAGCUCAGAAAGUGGAAAAUCCAAUACUGUGACCACUCUUCGAUUAGAGAGGGACAUUAAGAGAAGGAAAAUCAGUCACUAUUGCCAUAAUCAAACGGUUCAUGUUUCUCAGAUUCGCCAGUUCUGAUGAUGAUUAGACUAUAUAUACUGAUUUCACAGCUACUGCUAUUAUCUUUUGAAGCUAUCCUAAGCUUUUAAAGCUCGAGCUGCCACCAAUGUAUCCCAAAAAAAGAAAAAGAAAAAAUGACUAGGUAUGAAAGAAAAAGAAAAAAAAUAUGGUAGAAGAAGAAGAACAAGGAAGAAGAAAGAAAGAAAAGGCAAAAGGGUGGACUAAUGAGAAGCCUGAUCUAAUAUAUGAGAGGUUGAUAUCAUGAUGGACCAAGUCACUGUUGGAUGGUCUCAGUACGGCUUAUUACAGUUCAUUAGCCAGAAAAAACAAGAAAAAAAAAAUAGCAAAAUGAAAAAAAAGAAAAGAAAAGAAAAGUAGAGAGAUGGAUUUUUUUUGUUUCUUUUGUUUAGGAACCAAACAACGACAAAACACAACUUUGAAUUUGCAGGGUUUAUUAAUUUCUAUUUAUUUAGUUUAUGGGUUUAGCGUGAA